CCGCGCCCAGGCCGCCCCCUGCCGGGCCCCUGGCGCGCCGCAGCCGUGGAGCCGGGCGCCGGCCCCUCUUCCCGCCGGGGGCGGAGUCGCUACCGCGCCAGGUCCCCGUCCCCGCCUCCCCGACCCCCGCGCCCCUCCUCCGGGCGAGUUGCGGGGCGGGGCGGGGCGGGCCGCCCUGGGAAGCUGCGGGCCGCCGGGCUGGCGAGGGCUGCGAGUGCGGGGCGCGGGCUCCGGGUCCGGCGGCCGCUGAUGGGAGGCGGAGCCCGGACGGGCGAGCGGCGGCGCGGCGGCCACCAUGGGGAACAAGCAGACCAUCUUCACCGAAGAGCAGCUGGACAACUACCAGGACUGCACUUUCUUCAAUAAGAAGGACAUCCUCAAGCUGCAUUCGCGAUUCUACGAGCUGGCCCCCAACCUCGUCCCAAUGGACUACAGGAAGAGCCCCAUCGUCCAUGUGCCCAUGAGCCUCAUCAUCCAGAUGCCAGAGCUGCGGGAGAAUCCCUUCAAAGAAAGGAUUGUGGAGACGUUUUCCGAGGAUGGUGAGGGAAACCUGACCUUCAACGACUUUGUGGACAUGUUUUCCGUGCUCUGCGAGUCGGCUCCCCGAGAGCUGAAGGCAAACUAUGCCUUCAAGAUCUACGACUUCAACACUGACAACUUCAUCUGCAAGGAGGACCUGGAGCUGACGCUGGCCCGGCUCACAAAGUCAGAGCUGGAUGAAGACGAGGUGGUGCUUGUGUGCGACAAGGUCAUUGAGGAGGCCGACCUGGACGGCGACGGCAAGCUGGGCUUUGCUGACUUCGAGGACAUGAUCGCUAAGGCCCCUGACUUCCUCAGCACUUUCCACAUCCGGAUCUGAGGACACGGCAGAGGUGGCAGGGGCCUGGAGUCCACCAUCCUUCCCUGCGGUCACAUGGGCGUGGCCUCCAUGCUCCCCAGGAAAGCAGGGGCAGCCUCUGGGGUUUACACCACGAAUAUUUCCUGUGGCCCUUUCAGCAAAAAAACUAACCAGGAAGGGGGCGUGUGAGGGUUAGGACCCUUCCCACAGCCCCCCUGUGGUCCAGCCCCAGGACCCAUGGCCCCUCUCCAGGCCCUUCACACCCCCAGCCCUCUUCCCAUCCAGAAAUGCUCCCCAUCUCCCAGAGGGAAAGGCAGAUCAACCAACAGGACGUGGUGGGGUCUGUCAUGUCCCAGUGCUGGCAGACACCCUGGUCACCCAGGACAGAGGGGAACAAAAAAAAGAAGUCAGGGUUUUAACGAGCUAUGCAAUUUUUUCCAAAACCCAAGGCUGGGCUGCCCCCCACCCCUGCCUGUUCCCCUUCUCCCAGCCUCCUUCACAAUGUGAAGUGUGGGAGCAGUGGGCCCAAGGGCUUUGCCCCUGGCUCUGCCUCUGGGUCAUGAGGACCACCCUGCCUGCCCUCCCCAACACCAUGGGAUCCUCACUGGUAUGUGCUGUCCACAGAUUUGUGAACUCCUGGUAAUAAAACACUUUUGCAUCCC